UUUCAGAGUCCACCGCUCCCAUAGCAAAGACGGUAACUGAAAAUGAUGACGCCAUUCUCAGAACGAUCCCUCAGUCUUCGCAUAGCACUCAAAGCCGCGAGCACGAGACUCACCAAGAGACUCUCUCUAAGCCACGUAACGUGGCCACCUCAGGGAGAUCAAAAUCACACUCAAGGAACACGAGGAAUCAGAAAAGGCAGAAGAAAAUGUUCCCAGCAUUGCAAGCUCAUCAUCCGACUUUGCUAGAAAUGCUUCUAGCAAAGGACAUUCGGCACGAAAGGAACGUGAUUCUGCAGUGUAUCCGCUAUAUCUUGCAGAACGACGGCCUGGGAUUUCAUUUAGGAGGUCAUUCAGACGCUCCAUCGGACAGCCAGCCAACUCCUGAGCACGUACAGAGGUCUGCGGCGGAUGAACCUCGCCAAUUAACCAACCCUCUCGACUUUGACCCGAACAAAACACGACAGCACGAAGUAUUUCGAAGCGAGGAAGUCUCUGCAUUUCCUGCUGUGGAUGAAGAUAUUUGGGAAUCUACAGAGACCAAUUCUGAAGACAACUAAUCUCUCUCUUGGGUUUUUUUAACCUAUGCGUGGGUGACCAUUAUCCAUCCAUCUUUGGGUGCUUGCGGAAACUCCUCAGACUGUCCAUCGCACCCAAAGGAUUUGCCUACGUUUAAAUUAACUCUUUUUGAUGAACAACUAAAACUCAGCUAGGCCUUGUGACGUUAACGAUCUUGCAAUAUUGUCCUUCAGGGAUUCAUUUUUUACUUACUGUUAAGUGUGAAUAAAAAUCAUAUUAAUUCUG